AUGGCUGGAAUACUUCCGGUUGAACUCAUACUGGAUAUUUUGUCAUGGCUUCCUGUGACGAGCCUUAUGCGAUUCAGGUGCGUUUCAAAGACAUGGAAAUUUCUUAUAUCCAAUCCUUACUUGGUGAAAUUGCACCUUGAGAAGUCCUCCAGAAACCCACACAUCCUCUUAAUGGCGACACAGAGAUACCAUAAACCAUGUUUUGUGUCUCGUUUAUGCUCUUUACCUUAUUUAAUCCAAAAUCCUGCACCCUCUUCUUGUGGUCGUACUUUGCGAUGCCCCAAACCUUAUAGAUAUUUAUUCGGUUCUUGCAAUGGUUUGCUUUCUCUACGUAACUCUGUCUCCACAAAUAAGUAUGAAGAGCAUUGGGUCUGCUUUUGGAACCCUGCCACCAAAAUUUUCUCCAGACCUUCACCAAGAUUGCGUCUCAAUUUCGACAGUUAUGAUCCGCUUUAUAUUAAUUUUGGGUUUGCGUACGAUGAUCGGAGGGACAGUUACAAGGUGGUUGCAAUGGUUUUGGAUUGGAGUAGAAAGCAAACGAGUGUGUGGGUUUACUGCAUGGGUCACGUACGUUGGAGACGUACUAUAAUGAGCUCUCCGUUUUUUCUCCCUUGUGACAAUAAUGGAUACUCUCUGAAUGGCACUGUUAACUGGAUAGGAUUUUCUUCUAAUGAAUCGAAGCUACACGUAUUUUCGUAUGAUCUAAAUAACGAUACUUGCAGAUGUUUUUCGCUGCCUGAACUCGACACGAAAAAUUAUUUGUUUAAAUCAAUGGGAGUUUUGAAUGGUUGUCUUUGUGUUUUCUUAGAUAUAGAAAAGACAAUCAUUGCUGUAUUUGCAUUGAAGGACGUUCGAGACGAAAGAUCUUGGAGUCGGUUGCUGAGUCUAAGUUAUGAAACUCUGAUUAUCUCUCAUUAUUUCUAUCACCUGCAGAUUUUGGGCAUGUUGGCCGAUCGUCUGUUGCUCGCAUAUUCAGAUUGGGAUGCUUACAAUAUCAUCUUUACCUUUAAUUUGAAGGAAAAUAAAAUAGAACGUACUCGAACUUAUCACAACAAGUUUCUCACUCGCAUCUUCUCGUGUAACUAUGUUUCAAGCUUGAUUUCGUCUAUUUGA